UCAGUUUUCUUUCAAUCAUUCGCGACAACGGUCGAUCGCGGUUCCGAUCAAUUACUCUCUCAUUCGCGUCCUAUUGUAGUUGCUUUGUAUCACACGCGCUUACCUUUACUCUCCAACUUAAAAAAACUCACUUAAUUGAUCUUAAGCCGGUGAAAAAAACUGCAAUUUUUUAUGCUGAUGUGGUUUUAUUUUUGACUCUUGAUUCACCGGGAAGUGUAUUCCAAUUUGUUCGCAUACCUUGAAGAACGAAAACUGUCAUUAAGCUGGACUCGUCUGUUGUCACCGAGAGUUUUACACUCAUCUUGUCCUGCGCUGGUGUUUGCGAAGCGGCGAGACCUUCCUUGCUUUGCAUUUUGGUUUGCAAAUGAUCUGAUUUCAUUGUGUGCGCAAAUUUGAAAAAUAAAUGAAGUGCUGAAAAAAUUAUACACAAAAAGCUAAAAAUAUCACCGCAGCUUAUUGCUCGGACACGAAAAACGAAGACACACGGUCACGUUCAACGAGUAACAAUAACAACAUUCAAGCGGACAUCUGAAAACACUUUCUAGGAAAACUGCUGAGAGAGCACAAUCGACACAGCUGAAUCAUGACGACCACACGGGAGAGGCGAGAGGAAUAUCACACAAAUGUGGUUCGCACACUAACCCCGUCCAGACCACUUUCCCCUGGAACGCACACGACACAAUUCGAUAGCAAUUUAGAUAACCUCCUGGAAGACCUACAGGCUAGUGUUUCCCGCCCUGGCAGCUCACUAGGACAACCCCUCGCCGGAGGCUACUCGAACACAACACGUGAAGUGCAAUAUUUGCAGCCGGCCAAUGUCACUACCGUUGCCCGGGAGCGUUCCGUCAGUCCCAGCUUCCAAACGAACAAGGUAUACAAAACGGCAAAGUAUGAAUACAAAAGCAGUAGCACCUCUGGCAGUGGCGGAGGCAUCACCGGAGGGGCCCCCAGGGCAGGCACAGAAGGGGUCAGCGAAGUAUACCAGCGCAACAUUAAUCAACUCGACACUCUGCUGAACGACCUGGAACGGGAACGAGAUUCUUCGUUGGAUCGAAGCCAACGAAGUCUACAUCGAGUUGAUUCAGGAUUAAAUGAACCUGGCACAAAAAUCAUCAAAACCACAACGACAUACUCAUCGGCCGGUGGAAAGCAACCCGUAUCCCGGGAGCUGGUCUUUGACUCUCCAGGAAGCUACGAAGUCCGCCAAUCUCGAUCCCGGCAGCGAAGCCCAUCGUACGAGAAUGCUUCGACCGCAGUGAAAAAUGUCUCUUACAGUUCCGACAGCAGCGGAAUCUACGGAGGCAUCAAUCGAUCCCGCACAGUAACGCCCGUCCGAUCCGAACAGUAUUACACCGAAACGAGAACCGUUUCGCCCAAUUCGGACCUUGCCCCAAGGAAUGUCCACUACAACGAAACAGUCAGCGUAGACACAGCUCCGGCUUCGAAGGCUCUGGCCAAUAUUCCUUUGUCAGAAGGUAUUCUUCCAAGGCCGAAUACGAAGGUGACCACCACUGUACGCACCUACACAUACGAGCUCCCUCCGGAUAGUGAGUUGAACCAGACCUUGUCCUACCGAAACGAAUCAUUGCACCAGACUUCCAACACAGUGCCGGCUGCUUAUCCAGAGCGCGAUUUAUCGCCAACUCAUCAUGUUAGUCCCAGCUCCAAGACAAUCUUGGUCAAAAAUGAAACCAUCAACACAUCCAACAACGUCCAAGAGUAUCCAAUACCGACGAUGCUUGAUCACCAGCUGCCGCCUAACACGGCCAAAACGAUCUACUACAAGAAAGAUACCAAGCACUCGACAACCAACUACUACCCAGAACAUCCUACAGGCCCCGGACCACAUCCGACCAACUUCAAAGCAAUCGGAGCUCCCCCUGCUGGAGAUCAUCCAUCGUAUCCACCAGGAUCAAACACUUACGUGUACCGUGAAGAACGUACCAAUACGGCAAAUAACCGUUACGGAUCUCCCGUGCCGUAUGGCGAUUAUCCGGACCGCAGCGGAACAUAUCCGAGAGAACCGAAUCCCACAACGGUGACGUACAAGUACAGUUCGACCACUACCAAUGCCACCAGAAACAUUUAUCCACCGCCGGAAGAACGGGAGCCGCUGCUGCAGCCUUUCCCGACCGACAAUAUUCCCCAGAACGAAAUCGAUGGAAAUCCACCGAAACGGGUCGAAGAUUUGAUGGCUACGCUUGGGGAGAACGGUCAAAUUACGUACAUGUCAAAGCACUCUCACUCCACCGAGAAUGGCACCGGACCGAAAAAGCUGCGGGAAGCAUCUCCGCCGAAGGUAACCGUGGUGGAGGAACCAGUUGAUAGCAAAAACGUGCCCAUUUCCUCGAAGAACGUCGCCGGCCCUCCGGUUUACUAUCCCCCGGGACACGAGAUGUUUGCCAAGAAGGAAAGCGAAGCAGCCGCGUGGCGUGCUCAGGGUGAGUACGCCAAGGCAAGCGGAAAAUACAUGUACGAAGCGGAAAGCAAAUCCAAAACCACAUCCAAGUCCGGAGCAGCCGUUGUACCCGUUUGUCUUCCACUAUGUUGUGCCAUGCCUUGCAGCAUUAUGUAAAUGUUGAGCGCGUCGUCCAAGCUUUCGUUGCAACAUCGCGCAGCAACUAGUUUUAAGGAGCUUCCCCACUUUGGAGCCGACCAUGUUUACUUAAAACCGAUUAACAAGUAAACGUUAACAUUUUGUGUUUGGGAUACAACGACGGAAAAAUGUGCCAUUGUCAGUUUUAAUCUUUUUGGAUGAAUCUAACAAACAACCGAAGGAAUCUUAAUUCGUUCUAAAACAUUAUUUUAUUUGAUAAACAAAGUCAAUUUGCGAAGAUUCUGAAUGCUUAAAAUGCCUUAAGCCACAGUGCCAAUUAACGAUAUUAUUUUGUUGUUUUUGUAUACACGCUAAUACAAUAUGCAAAUAAAACCGGUAAAAGUUUA